GGCCAUCAGCAACAGAGCCCUGGAGGUGCAGAUGCUGCUGCAGAUGUUCCAGACGGUACAGAAAAGUCAUCAGCCCACUGGUCAGUGAAGCUAGGGAAAAUGGCAACCCCCCACAAAGGGUCAAGCAUGGGCCAAGUCGCGGCGCAGGGAAAGCGCGAAAAAUUUCCAAAAGGUCCCGUUUCUGCCGCACACAAAGACCAACCGUUCCCCGUCAGAUAGCGUCAUCCCUCCGCACAACCUCUCCAAAGCCGCAACUGCUCUCUCUCUUUUUUUUUCUAUUCCCACGGGCACCCGACAAAAGUCCACGAAGGUCCUUGCACCCAAUCCCCAUCCCCAAUCUAUCAGCUGCCCACCAUCAAAACUUACUAUUUGCCUUCCGUCGUCAACUUCAUUCGCUACCUUGGGUAAAAUUGCUCCCGACGACAACCCACGUCCACGACCCCUCGGUUUUUGCCUCGUGCACCUCGAUCCGACCGAAGCAAGCCUCCCUGCCCUGGCUCCGGGUCGACCUGCCCCGCACACCCAUCAUAGCUCUUGCGAUGCCUCUAUAAACUGGGUGCCAAUUCAACAUGGCCUUCAACUUCAACUGGUCGCCGCUCACGGCCGAUGCCGGCUUUUACGAGCGCGCGCGCGACCUGCUCACAACCGCCCUGAACAAGUCUCCGAAGCCUCCCAUCAUCGUCGAUGAUAUCUUCGUGACCGAAUUCAACCUUGGCUCCGUGCCACCAGACCUGGAGAUUUUGGAGAUUGGUGACCUGGCCGAAGACCGUUUCAGGGGAAUUUUCAAAAUGUGCUAUUCCGGCGACGCCUUUCUGACGCUAAAAACGAGGGUGCAAGCAAACCCCCUCAAUACCUACCUGUCGGGCAAGCCAGGUUUCGCAUCGCCGGAGCCCCUGUCGGCGUCGUCCAGCCUCACCAUCCCGCUUCAGAUCACCCUGUCUGAGAUCAAGCUCUCAGCCUUCAUCAUUGUGGUUUUCUCAAAGCAGAAGGGGCUGACGCUGGUCUUUCGAAAUGACCCCCUCGAGUCUCUCAAGGUCUCGUCGACCUUUGACUCGAUCCCGUUUGUCCGUGACUACCUUCAACGGACUAUCGAGCAGAAGCUGCGGGAUCUGAUGAUGGAUGAGUUGCCAGCCAUCAUCCACAGGCUCUCACUUCAGAUCUGGUGCCCGGACCAAAUCAUUAAGGAGGACGAGGAGCAGUCCAAGGAGACCGUAGAUCACACUGUUAACCCGCUGUCGACACCUCCCCUGGAUGCUGUUGACGCAGAGGGUCACCUUCUGGAUCCUGCCGCCAUCUCGGAAUUGUCUCUGGAGGCGGGAACAGAAACACAGUCUCUGUUCUCACAAAAGGCCUUGUUCAAGCUCUCUUCGUUGACGUCCACGCAAGAAACGUCAUCAUUGUUCACCCCUUCAAUCAAGGAAGCCAUGUUCAGAGCCUGGGCGGGGCCAUCAGAUCGGGUUGACACAGCCAGCACACCCGGACCGGCAACCCCGAGCCUCCACCGGACCACUUCUUACACCAACGGGACCGCCCAUACCUACACCUUUUCGGACACGGCGAGCCAGGAUCAGGGCCAUUUGCCCUCGAGACCGUCCAUGGUUAGUCUCAAUUCUGCCACGGCUGGCUUGUCUCUGGGCUCCGGACGGCAUUCCAAGGCUGGCCGCAAAAAGAAGACCCGUGUGGUCAACUUGCGUGCCAAGACCUCGAGCGAAGGUGGCAGCGAGGCGGGCGAGUCCUCGGAGACAGCUUCCACCUCGACAACGCCCGCUUCGGAGCCCAUCAUGUCUCACCCCAUUCUCGAGGUUCCCGAGGAGGACACGGCUACAAACACCAACAAGGUGCGGUUCGGUGGUGCUCAUCCGCGCAGACCAUCAUUCCGUAAUGAUCGUGAGCCUGCCAAGGUCUCGGAGGCUGCCGUCCCCUCGAUCGAGAUUAGCGCGCCCAACACCACCCAGAACCAGCCUUCUCAUCAGGCGUCGCCUGUUGAUAUGAAGGUCCCAACAGACUGGUCUCGGCCAAGAGCGCCAUCGGAAAUCUCCCCAUCCGUCAUUCUCGAGCAAGCGUGGGUGAUGAAGAUGGCCGGAGAGAUUGCCCGCCGUGUAUACGACGAAAAGAACCGCAAUCCUCAGUUCUGGGAGGAAAGGGAUGACACGCCCCCUCCUGCGUACCAGCCUAGGCCGUAAUGGCGCGACUACCCGCAGCAACAACCCCUCUUAUCACUUUUGUUUUUCGAGUACCAAAGAUUCCCCUUUGUUGUUCUUUUCUUCUUGAACAUAUUCGACUCUUUUUUUUUCUCAUGGCGUUGUUGUUUGUCGUUUGAAAGUAUAGCGACAUGGCAGCCCGCGACAUUAUACUUGUCUUAAUGGAUUGCGCUACAUCAUCUUGGCUUUUUGGGCUGCCGUUUUUCUUUUUUCAUGGCGUUGAAGGGAUAUCAAAAAAAAAGACACUUGGUUUUACCGGAAGAGGGAAUAUUACUACUGUUGGUUGGUUGGGUUUCUUGGUUCCGGCUGAUACAUCAUUUUUGGGGGGCGGGAGUGGUAUGGCUUAGAUGGGUUGGGUAGUUUUUCCUGGGUUGAGUGGGGUCUACAUGAUAAAAGUUUUUGUGUGGACUAUUUGAUAUUAGGAUGGGAAAAGCAUUUGUUGAGUUUGAGAGAGAGAAGGAGCGGGUGAAAGUGAGAGAUCCUUUCCUGUGGUUUUUCUGGUUUUGUUUCGUUUUCUUUUUGUCCGGACGCAUAAACACAACCAACCAACGACGCUUUUGAUAAAGUCUAUAUUCCCUCCUUUUUUUCCUUUCUUUUUCUUUCGUGAUGUCUUUUUUGGGUGGGGUGUGUGGGUGUGUGGGUGUGUGGUUUUCCUAUGUUGGCCGGCUUGAAGUGGUGGAGGGGGGAUAUCAAAUCUCGUCGCGGUGUGUGUGAGACGCCCAGGGCGAUGUGUAUACCAAAGUGCGUGUGGAAAUUCGGUAAACAGUAGUCCCCAUGCUGGUAUUUGAAAUCUAGCUGGAACUAUGGAUUUUGUUGUGGGGACUUUGGAUACCUUUACCUUGACAACUCUCGACUCUUCUUUGAUAAUAGGAAAUAUUACAAGAUCACAUGUGGUGUGUGUGGAUUUGGGAUGCAAAACUUUGUUCUGAUGUUGUGGAUGGUGUCAAAGCCCAAGGUGGCAAACAGCAGC